CGGCCCCGCCGCCCGCCGCCGCUUCCUCCUCCUCCUCCUCCUCCCCCCCCGGGCCUCUGCCGCCGCCGACAGAAGAGGCGGCCCGCUACUUGCCAGAAGAUGAAAGUAAGUCUGUCAGCAAUAGACACGUCUGAGACUCAUUUCAGGCCAUUGGUAGUUUUAGAGCUAGCCAAAAAUGCCAAGGCAGAAACCAAAGAAUGGCUGAAACAAAAAAUUGUCGACAAAAAGAAAAAUGGAGGUGCCCAGUUGUCGAUUAGACCGUUGUUAAAUGAAAAUGGGGAGCAAACAGAUGAAAAUCAGAAUUUCUAUCUUGUUGGUGCAUCCAGGUUAAGACUGUUGCUGGGGGCUGAAUCAGUGGGACUGGUGAAAGAGUGCAAUGAUAACUCCAUGAGAGCUUUUACAUAUGGAAACAGACAGAACUUUAAAGACUUCGAUGACAACAAUGAUGAUUUUCUUACAAUGGCAGAAUGUCAGUUCAUCAUCAAGCAUGAGCUUGAAAAUCUUCGAGCCAGAGAUGAACAAAUGAUUCCUGGUUACCCUCAGGCAAAGCUGUAUCCUGGAAAAUCAAUAAUGCGCAGAUUACUUACUAGUGGCAUCAUGACUCAGACUUUCCCACUUCACGAUCAUGAGGAACUGAAGAAGCUUGAGAACUCUUGGUAUUACAGACUUAAAUUCAAAUAUCAGCCUAUAGACCGAAUCCGGAACUACUUUGGGGAAACGAUUGCCCUUUAUUUUGGCUUCUUGGAGUACUUCACUUUCGCCUUGGUCCCUAUGGCUGUCAUUGGGAUACCAUACUAUGUGUUUGCUUGGGAGGACUAUGACAAAUAUGUGAUAUUUGCCUCCUUCAAUCUGAUCUGGUCCACAGUUAUCUUGGAGGUGUGGAAGCGUGGUUGCGCCCUCAUGACUUACCGGUGGGGGACACUGCUAAUGAAACGGCAGUUCGAAGAACCCAGGCCAGGGUUUCAUGGGGCUCUAGGUGUCAAUCCUAUCACUGGCCGGGAAGAGCCGCUGUACUCCAGCUUCAAAAGACAGUUACGAAUUUACUUGGUCUCUUUGCCGUUUGUGUGUCUCUGCCUCUACUUCUCACUUUAUGUCAUGAUGAUCUACUUCGAUUUGGAGAACUGGGCUCUGAAGCUCCAUGAAUCGCACCAGUCAGAACUCACCAACCUCUUGCUGUUUGUGCCCAGCAUCAUCUAUGCCAUUGUGAUAGAGGUCAUGAACCGCCUCUAUCGAUUUGCUGCCGAGUUUUUAACUUCAUGGGAGAAUCACAGACUGGAGUCUUCUCAUCAGAAUCAUCUGAUUUUGAAGGUUUUGGUGUUCAAUUUUUUGAAUUGCUUUGCAUCACUCUUCUACAUUGCAUUUGUUCUGAUGGAUAUGAAACUUUUGCGCCAGAGCCUGGCUACUCUGCUGAUAACCUCACAGAUUCUUAAUCAGAUUGUGGAAGCCUUUCUUCCAUAUUGGCUUCAAAAACGGUAUGAUAGAAAGGUGAAGAAAAGAGUUCAGUCUUUAAAAGCAAAUGUUGACAUCACAUUAUUUGAACAAGUCAUCUCGGAAAAAGAAAUGGGGACUUAUUUGGGCACCUUUGAUGACUACUUAGAAUUAUUUUUACAGUUUGGAUAUGUGAGUCUUUUCUCAUGUGUCUACCCUCUAGCAGCUGUCUUCGCAGUUUUAAACAACAUCACUGAGAUAUAUUCAGAUGCCCUAAAAAUGUGCAGGGUCUACAAACGUCCUUUUUCGGAACCGUCAGCAAGCAUUGGUGUCUGGCAGUUGGCUUUUGAAACAAUGAGUGUUAUAUCGGUGGUUACCAACUGUGCACUGAUUGGAAUGUCCCCACAAGUACACGCUGUGUUUCCAGAGUCCAAAACAGACCUUAUUUUGAUUGUGGUUGCAGUGGAGCAUGCACUCCUGGCACUGAAGUUUGUACUGGCAUUUGUCAUUCCUGAUAAACCACGAGAAAUCCAGGUGAAAUUGGCCAAAUUGGAAUUUGAAUCUCUAGAGGCACUCAAGCAACAGCAAGUGAAACUUGUUGCUGAAUCCCUGAAGGAAGAAUCCAGCGGAGGAGAGAGAAUGAAGUCAACUGAAGGCAAAUGAAAUGGCGUUGUGGGGACACAUGCAGGUUUCCUGAUCUAUGUAUGCUUAGCCCAUCCAGAACUGACUCUUGAAAGAUUUGCACUGGGAUAUAUAUAUAUGUAUGUAUGUAUGUAUAUAUAUGCUCCUCGAACACUGGGACCUCUCAAAAUCUCAAAAUGGAAAUGGGGUUCUAAAUGCAAUAUGCACCCUCACUGGCCCUUUCUCCUUCUGCUGAAACAAUGCAGAAUUCAGGGGAAAACCAAGGUCUCUACACUAGGGAUUGCUAGUUAGCUGCAGCCCCAUCUCCCUGUUAUGCUCCAAGCCAGGGCCAUUGGCUGCCAUUCCCCAGACUUGUGGUCCCAGUGUUCUCCUGGUUUUUCCCAGUAGCUUCUGGCCUCUCGUCCCUAUUGCCCUGUAAUCUUACCGCCCAUCUCAGCCCCCACCCCGCCGUGCUUAUCGCGGUGAAUGAAUGAAUCGGCAACUGCAUUGAACACUUUGCUAGAUUUUCUUUUUCCUUUUCCCCCAGAGGACCAAUUCAAAGGGAGUUGGGUGGGAAUGCAUCCCAUAAAGCACCUCAGUGCCUGCAUUCAGUGAACUUGUUUAGAAACACAGGACUCCCACCAUCCCCCAGGGUUCGCGUUUAGGGAGAUGGCUCUCCAGUAAGGAAAGGGCAAGGGGCCUGGGUAGCCACUGGGGUCCCCAUUACCACACUGGGGGAAUUUCUGCACUUGGCAAUAAUUUUAAAUACCUCUUCAUUGGUUCUUUAUCACCACCUGUUAACAGAGUAUCUUGGGAAUUAAAAAUGACAGCAAGAGCUAUUAAAGGCAAAGGUGUGUAACUUUA